ACACCAUCAGUCAUUUCCUUUGGAACUACCCCAUAACGUUCUGUUGAAAAGUCCUUCACAAGGGUUCCAACCACCACCAGAAGCCGGCAUCUCUUAAGGAAAAACUGCGGGAAGGCGUUCGAAUAGAUCAAUGGUUGGCCUGGCCAAAGCUUAUAGAUCGGUUGGCGCUGGAUCUAGGGCAUCGUACUCAGGAGAUACGCACUCGGCUCGCUCAAGGCAUUCCCUAAGCUAUGUUUUGAGCGCUUGCUCAGCUGCGGAGUCAAUUCAACGAUUCCCCGACUUGAUUUUCACACACAAAAAGCUUCUUCAAGCGAGGUCUCUCACAUCUCCUGAUGCUUGGCCCCACAGGAUUAUGGAACAAAGGAUUCCUACACCGAGGCGAGGUAUUGACGGCGAUUCUCAAAUAGCGCAGAACUGAAUGGGAUACGAUGAGAUAGAAUGCAAUAAAAACAAAGACGCAGG